AUGACCCGAGCGGAGGAGAGGAGCAGUGCCAGUGACAAUUGUGCGGGACUCGACGUGCGGACGGCGGCAUGUCUCCCCCCAGAGCGGUGCCUGUCUCCUGAAGAGAGCGAAAAACACUUGCUGAGGGGGGUGGCCGUGGCCGGGGCGGUUGUGCUGCAGCCGGUGGAGCAGCAGGGUCAGGGUGUGCCGGCAGGCGCGGCGCUAAGGGUGCGGGAGGCUAUCUGUGGUUUUUAUGAUUUAUGGCUGAUGCAGAUUAACGUUUUGCAAGAAAAAGGGCAAGCAGAGAGUUCAGAAAGCAAGCCAACAGAGAAACCGCCAGACAUGCUACUGAUUGAGGUACAACAUCUGACCCCAUCUGAAGAGGAGGGAGGAAAGGAAGUUCUUUUCACUCGGGGGGAAACAAAGAGCCAGAGCUGCAAAGCCAGUGAUGAUUUGUCAGACUCAUGCAGUGAAGGCAAAGUGCAGGAAUAUGCAAGCCCUUCAGAACAAACAGUUGCAAGAAAUCCCAAGAAUCUAAAAUUUCAGAUUUGUGCUCCACAUCAGAAAAAAGGAGAAAAAGCAGUUUUAAGCUGUGAUUUGUGCACGUUCACCACACUCAGCAUAUCAAAUCUUAAGCAUCAUCUGAAAACUCAUUCUGAUGAGAAACGUCAUGUGUGUCACCUCUGCCUUAAGGUUUUUCGUACAGCUGCUCUCCUGCAUAACCAUGUGAAUGUACAUACAGGGACCAGACCCUAUAAAUGCAGUGACUGUGAUAUGGUAUUUGUGACCAGUGGUGAGCUUUCACGACAUAGGCAUUACAAGCAUACUUUCGAAAAACCUUUCAAGUGUUCAUUGUGUAAAUAUUCUUGUGUAGAAGCAAGCAAAAUGAAACGCCAUACUCACUCACACACAGGCGAGCGUCCUUAUGCCUGUGGCCUUUGCAGUUACGCUAGCAAAGAUGCAUAUAAACUGAAAAGGCACAUGGUAACUCAUUCAAGUAGGACUCUUCUGUGAAAAACCCAUGAAUGUUGGGUUUGCCAGGCCAAAUUCACUCAAAGUGGUACUGUGAAAAUCCAUAUGUUACAGAAGCAUGGAGAAAAUGUGCCAAAAUACCAGUGUCCACCUUGUAGUGUCUUUAUUGCACAAAAAAGUGACUUGCGUAUCCACUUGAGAAAUCUGCAUUCCUGCAUGGCAGUGGCAAUUAAAUGCAGUUACUGUGAAGCUGUUUUUCAUGAGCGCUAUGCUUUUAUUCAGCACAAAAAGACUCAUAGAAAUGAAAAAAGAUUCAGAUGUGAUCAGUGCAGCUAUGCAUGUAUGCAGGAAUAACGCUUAGUUGUACAUAAACGAACCCAUACAGGUGAGAAACCCUUCACUUGCUUGUGCUUCAGGAAAAGCUUUCAACGUGAGCAGCUUCUCAGUCUUCACUUUAGGAAGCACCAUGAUUCCAAUAUUAAGCCUGCAGUUUAUGAAUGCCCUAAAUGUGGUAAGGGCUAUUCACUCUGGAAUAAUAUGCAUAAGCAUGCAGAAAGUUGUGGAUCGGUGAGGGCAAAAACUGCUACACCCAGAAAAAGAAGCAAGGGCAAAAAUAAAACCCGUGAGAACCCAAAGCGUGUUGAGCAAGAAGUUGACGUGGAAUUGUCCCAGGAUUUCUCCACUGUGAAACAUGAACAUUGUACCAGUGAGAUUGUUCCUGUUGUAGACAGAAUAGAAACAGUAGUUCCAAGAGAACAGGAAACAAAUGACUUGUGA